UCCCUGAGCAUUGUAUUCGUUGUCACUUCUGGCGGCCAUACUAGCUGUCCGCUGUGUUUCGAAGAUCAGUGAAUCACACGAUCGUAAGAAUUUCCUUCCUCUCCCUGGUGCUGUGGCCGCAUUGACCAGUUCCCAUCAGCCAGGUGAUUUCAAACACACAGUUUUCGUCUGCCGCUGAUACCGACUGUCAUAGGCCCGUGCAGUCCAGCAGCUACAUAAAGCAGCAGCAUGGCAGCCGGUCCGUACAACUACUCGUACAUCUUCAAGUACAUCAUCAUCGGGGAUAUGGGUGUGGGCAAGUCUUGCCUUCUGCACCAGUUCACAGAGAAAAAGUUCAUGGCCGACUGUCCCCACACUAUUGGUGUCGAGUUUGGCACCCGCAUCAUUGAAGUUUGCGGGCAGAAAAUCAAGCUGCAGAUCUGGGACACCGCGGGACAAGAACGCUUCCGCGCUGUUACCCGCUCCUACUAUCGGGGAGCUGCUGGUGCUCUCAUGGUCUACGACAUCACCAGGCGCAGUACAUAUAACCACUUGAGUAGCUGGCUAACAGAUGCCAGGAACCUGACUAACCCGAACACAGUUAUAUUCCUGAUUGGCAACAAGUGUGACCUGGAUGCUCAAAGGGAUGUCACAUACGAAGAGGCAAAGCAGUUUGCGGAUGAAAACGGUCUAAUGUUUGUCGAAGCUAGUGCAAAAACAGGUGAACACGUCGAAGAGGCGUUCUUGGAGACUGCCAAGAAAAUUUACCAAAACAUUCAGGACGGAAGUCUUGACCUGAAUGCUGCUGAAUCGGGUGUGCAACACAAGCCUCAAGCACGGACGACUGCCAACUUGGCCAGCGAAGCAUCAGCAGAGAAGGAGGCUUGCGGCUGUUAGUGUAACCGGGGGAACAUCGCUGUGGGACUUGAGCAUUGCAGACGUCACCACCACAACAGUGCUUCGGACACAGUUCUACAGAGAAGAGGGGGCGAAGGAGGACUUUUGGGGGAGGGAAAAAAAGGACACACCUACACACACCCAUCCAAUCAUAACAGAAGAACACUAACCACAACACUUGCGAUGGUAGUUUGCAACCCCUUUCUUUCCUCAACAAUAAAAUGUAUUGAAAAAGCUGGCUAUCUGGGACAGGGAUUAUCCACUCCUUCAAAGCUAAAACAUUCCUUCUUCCCAGCUACUGUUUCGAUACCAUUACCUUUGAGCCAGCAACAAAAGGUUCUACGUGUAAUCGAAGGGGGGGAAAAAAAAAGGAAAACACUGCAGGUGUGGUAUUGCAAUCGUCGGACUUUGUUUCGACUUGUUUGUUUACAUGUGUUAUAUACAUACAUAUAUAUAUAUAUAUAUAUGAGUGAUACAUUUAUUUGUACUUCUACGUUCACACGAGUAUGAGAAGAGAACAGCGCAUCGUGGUUAGAGGAGUGUCCGAGAACUUGUCCUUGUUUUUAUCUUUUCUCUGGGCCGAGCAGUAGAGUCGGCUCGAAGUAAGAGCAGAAACUGUGGAAUAAAAGUGUGGAUGCCCUAGGCACUGUUGAAUAAUGUAUUUAUACUCUUGACGAGGUUGUAAAAGUGUACGUAGGACAAAGUGAUUUCCUGUAAGCAAUGUCUGCAGAAACUCUUUUUUUUUUUUUUUUCCUGUCCUGUUCCCAGUAAGAGAACCACAAACAAGAUGCCAUCUCAGUCUGUCUGUAAACUUCUCUUUCUUUUACUUCUUACUGAUAUUUGGCGCGAAUUGAGAAUAAAAUUGGAAGCUCUA